AUGGAGGUUGCUUUUCACUCCGGACUUGCGCGAGCUCACACCCACAACCCCUCUCCCACCUCGACUACCACGCACUCUCGUAUGAACUCGAGCGCCGGGCCGAUGCACGCCAACAGCCACCAGAGCUAUCAGAGCCAGUACUCUAGCUACUCGCACAGCACCUCGCGGGACACACAGUCGACACAGGGCACCUCUACCUCGACCCUCUUCGGCGGCCAGCAGCCACCAGUCUUCCCGACCUCGACCCCCGUUAACGGCGGCCCUGUCGAAGCUUCCAACAAUGUCCUCAACAAGCGGGCCGACAAGGACACCUCGCUGUUUCAAAGAUGUCUUAACCUCCACCAGCGCUUGCGUGCGAUUCCAGGCUUUGAGCGAUGGAUGAUCGAGGAGGAGAGCAAAGCCGAUGACGAUGCCGACCCUGUUACCCUGCUGUGGAGGACCUUCCGGCGCGGAUAUCCGCUGAUGGAAAUUUAUAAUGCCUUAGGCCCCAAGGUCCAGCUUAGCGUGGACGAAGCAAGGGUCAACGAGAAGACCCGGGCCAAAGCUGCAUCUUACAAGUUCAUCCAGGCCUGCGUGAACGAGCUCAAGUUCCUGUCCGAGGAAUGCUUCAUCAUCAGCGACCUGUAUGGCGACGACACCACCGGCUUCGUCAAGGUCACCAAUGUAGUGAAUCGCGUGCUAGAUAUCCUAGUACAGAUGGGCAUCAUCAACACCGAAGUCGUUACAGCCGAUAGUGCCUCCGCAACCUCCACCAUCAAGAGGACGCAAAGAGAGCACAUCAUUGAUGAGUUGGUGAAAACAGAGCGAACAUACGUCCAGCAUCUAGAGCUUUUGCAAUCCUUUAAGAAACUGGUUGAAGAGAAGGGCGUCAUCACCGGAGACAGUGUUCAUGACAUCUUCUUAAACUUAAAUGCUCUUCUGGACUUCCAGCGUCGAUUCUUAAUCCGCGUGGAGCAAACUAAUGCCAUGUCGGCCGACGAACAAAAUUGGGGUAACCUCUUUGUUUUGUACAAGGAUGCCUUCAAAGUGUAUGAGCCGUACAUUGCGAAUCAGAAGAAAUGCGAAGAGGUCGCCAUGCGCGAGUUCGACAAACUAAGGGAAACGGGCGGAUCGUCAGAAAUGCAACAGAUGGUAGAGUCGCCUACGCAUCUCACCUCGUUCCUCUUGAAGCCAUUUCAGCGCUUAGCUAAGUAUCCUCUACUACUAAAAGAGCUUCGUGACAAAGGUGACCUUGACGAGGGCCGGAGAAGUGACAUUUCCAAGGGAAUAGAGGCCGCCUCUUCUGUGCUUCAGAGCACCAACGCGGCCAUCGACCGAGAAGAGCGACUCGAGGCCGUUGAAGAACUCAAGACUUUGGUCGAAGAUUGGAAGGGGCAUCGGAUCGAAGGGUUCGGUGACUUGCUCCUUUACGGCCAAUUCACUGUUUUGAAGGGUGAAAGCGUCAACGCAAAGAACGAGGAGCGUGAGUACAAGAUUUACCUCUUCGAGAUGAUCCUUCUAUGUUGCAAAGAAAUCAACCCCAACAAGCAGAAGAACCGGAUGAUGAAUAAGCCAGUGGCUAGGAACGGGAAACCGAAGUUGCAGCUCAAAGGCCGAAUAUUUAUGCAGAAUGUAACAGAGACUGUCUCGCUUCAAAAGCCCGUAGGCUCAUAUACAUGCCAAAUAUUUUGGAAAGGUGACCCAGGUAUUGAGAACUUCAUUAUACGUUUCAAUUCGGAGGAGACGAUGAAGAAAUGGGCCACACAAGUUGACACUCAACGACGCAUGAUGAAAGAAUAUUCGAGAUCCAGCGCCGGCACCUCCCGUUCGCAGCCUUCAAACACCGCUUUCAUCUCUAUGCAAGACCAUCAGCUCACGAACCCGUAUGCUGAACACGAAGACGACGACGAGGACGAGGAUGUGGAUACCGUCGUUCCCGGCUAUCCAGGUCCUCAUGACAAUUAUGCCAUGAGAUCAAAUGGCUCUAGCCUAAGUCUGCGCUCGCGGUCAACAACUGGGGAUAGCGGGCCCCCAAUGGAGAACCUAGAUCCGCGGGUACCUCCUCCUCGCUUCCCAAUGGGAAAUUCGUCUCAGCCUGCGCUAACCUUACGCACUCAGCAACUUGCGAACUCCGGGGGGAAUCAAGACUCAUAUUUCUCGCCUACUGCUGAGUCCCCAAUGUCUGGUACCUCUGUCCGAACGACUUCAACAGGAACGUUUCCCUUCCCUCGCCAACAACCUCCCAAUGGUUAUUAUGGCGAAGACAAUAACCGUUACACCGCCCCAGCCAUGCCUCGCGGUCCGAUGUCUCGCGAAGGUUCCAUGACCCCAGGUGCCUACCCCACGAGUCGUGGUAUGCAAAGACCGUCACUACCGCCGAAUGCAGGUUCAGCAAUAAUGAACCAAAAUCGACUGCGAUCUGCGAGCAGUCCCGAUAUUCAUAACUCCAACGGUCCCGGCCGACGACUACCUAACGGUCAACAAUCAAAUGUUCCAGAGGUUCCGCCCUUUCCAACACACUACGCCUACAACUCGUCAAUCAUCAAUCGGAGCCAAAGUGGCUCACCAAACGGUCUUCCUCCACGAGCUGCGACACAAUCACCUGCUAUCCAGCGAGAUCGGCUCGUUCAGCAGCGAACUGCGCAAGAGCUUGCAAAUUCCGAAUACCAUGGUGGGCCAGCUCGUCGAGAGACCAGUCAUGCCCCCAUAGCUAGGACUAUGACCCCCGCUUCUUCGUUCGAACGCACGAUGACCCCAGCUUCUAUUGACUCCCGGAAUAUGUCUCCGCCACUAUCAUCGCAAACGCCAGGCCCAGAUAUGACUAAUAGUAGCAUCCCAACACAACUGAAAGUCAAAGUGCACUGCCCAUCGGCAGGAAGCACAAUGACGUUGGUUGUGAGUACAAACAUCAGCUUCCAGUCAUUGAAAGAUCGAAUCGAUGCGAAACUGCAACGGUCGACCAGCGUUUCUCUGAGCACAGGGCAGGUGAAGUUGAAGUACUUGGACGAGAGCGAUUACGUCAGCAUACAAUCAGACGAGGACGUGCAGACAGCGUUCGAGACAUGGAAGGAGCAGCAGCGGGAUCUCAACACGACCGGGGGGUUGGGUGAGAUCGACCUCUUCUGUCAGCGAUGAGGGUGAAAGUUGGGUGCAUUAGGACGGUCUGGCAUACUUUGGCGUUUCGGAAACGAGAUUUCUGUUCGAUACUUCACUUCUAUGGGUGGACCACUACGCAACAUUCAUCGGCGAACAGGAUUAUUCGAGUACUUGUUAGGUCUUCUUGUAUGGAAUGCGGAGCGGAUGUGUCUGCUUUAGUAGGCGGGGGGGUUCGGUGGGGGCGGGGCGCACACGGAUCUAUCACCCCGUAUACAUGACUGCUAGCGAGGACUCCGGCGAG